AAAUGGACGACAAGUCAGACACCGAUUGCACACAAAGACAGACAAAGAGGAGGAAAACUAACGACACUUAUGUUUGCGAUUUCAUCGGUUGUGGAAAGAAGUAUAACCAAAAACAAGGUCUCGAUAGACAUAAAAGUAGUCAUUUGGGACAUCCCUAUGAGUGCGAAGUGUGUGCGAAGGUAUGCCGAGACAACUAUGGACUCAAUCAACACAAACGCAUACAUUUAGGUGAGACCUAUCGGUGCGAUGAGGACGAGUGUGAGGCCACGUUCAGCACCGAAUUCAGGUUAAGCCAACACGUGAAGAGUAAACACCGCACUGACUACCAGUGCGAACAUCCGGGAUGUGAUUACAAGACCGGACUUAUGGAUUGCCUAAAACAACAUCAAAUCAGUCAUUCAAAUGCGAGUUUCAAGUGUUCACUCAAUGGCUGCGAUAAGACGUUUAAAGCAAAGUUGUAUUUAAAACAACACCAGUUGAGAGCACAUCCCGAGGCGUUUGCAGACAUACCAUGGAUUGAAUGCUCGCAGACUGACUGUCCGUUUAGAACUAAAUACAAAAAAUUUAUGACAGAUCACAAUAGAGAACAUAUAAAGUGCUGUACAUGUGAUGUAUGCGGAAAAUCUAUAUCAUAUCUACGAAUGGACGCUCACCGCCGCACUCACGACAAGUCGUUACAAAUCCCGUGCGAAUGGUAUGGAUGUGAGCGAACAUUCACUAGAAAUAUUGCAAUGAAAGCACACAUGAAUGAACACACGUGUGAGACUACAUACCGGUGCCAAUGGCCCGGUUGUGACAAAACUUAUUUUAAUAGCAAUAGUUUAUAUAUUCACGAGAAGAGGCAUAAUGUGUUAGACCAGAAGUGCCAUUGGCCUGAAUGCGAGUACUCGACCACUAAUCCCAUUAGACUUCAUAAUCAUAUCGAUAGACAACACAAG